AUGAGGACCUUUGACUGGGACACGCUGCCGCAGAACUCUGUCCUGGGACGACACAACAUCUGGACCGAGGAGCGUCCUCCCGGAGACUACAAUCUGGACACGCAGCACAUGGAGGAACUAUUCAGCAAGAGGCAGCAGGAGAACAAGCAACACCUCAGCAUCAGAGGGCCCAGCUCCAGCACAUCACAGGUACUACUGCCCCAGAGAGAGCACAGGUACUACUGCCUCAGAGCUACAGGUACUACUGCCCCAGACAGAGCACAGGUACUACUCCACUGA